AUGGAAAGACUAAUUUCUAAUUUAAAUGCACAAAAAGAAGAACUGGGUCAAUGCCUCCAUGGUCACAUUGUUCUGGUACUGGUUUCCGGUUCGGGGUCUAAAGUGAGAACCAUCUUCAUUGCUUUUCUUUUCACUUCAACUUUUCUCUUCAUUCUCUCGACUGCUCUCAAGGAGGGACAAACAUGUGUGGUAGACAGAAAUUGCAACUCAGGUCUACACUGUGAAACUUGUGUAGCAAAUGGAAAUUUAAGGCCACGAUGCACCAGAAUCCAACCUAUAAUUCCUACCUCAAAGGUUAAGGGAUUGCCGUUUAAUCAGUAUACGUGGCUAACAACCCACAAUUCGUUUGCCAAGUUGGGAGAUAGGUCUGCAACUGGAUCCAUUAUUCUAGCUCCCCCGAAUCAGCAAGACACGGUUACUAGUCAGCUUAAUAAUGGCAUUAGAGGAUUAAUGCUUGAUAUGUAUGACUUCCAGAAUGACAUCUGGUUGUGUCACUCCUUUGGAGGAAACUGCUACAACUUUACAGCUUUUCAACCAGCCAUUAAUGUUCUCAAAGAGAUUCAAGCAUUUCUCGAAGCCAACCCAUCAGAAAUCGUCACCAUUAUCAUUGAGGACUACGUUACAUCACCAAAAGGCUUGACUAAAGUGUUUGAUGCUGCUGGCCUUAGGAAAUAUUGGUUUCCUGUAUCUCGGAUGCCAAAAAAUGGGGGCAAGUGGCCGACAGUUGAUGAUAUGGUCCAGAAGAAUCAGCGUUUAGUGGUUUUCACUUCCAAGUCUGCCAAGGAGGCCUCUGAAGGAAUUGCCUAUGAAUGGAGAUAUGUUGUAGAAAACCAAUAUGGAGACGGUGGAAUGAUAGCUGGUUCAUGCCCAAACCGUGCAGAAUCACCUGCCUUGAACACAACAACAAGGUCACUAGUUUUAGUAAAUCAUUUUCCUGACAGGCCAGAUGUAACACAAGCCUGCAAGCACAAUUCUGCUCCCUUGAUGGAUAUGAUGAACACAUGUUAUCAGGCUGCAGGUAAACGGUGGCCUAACUUCAUUGCAGUUGAUUUUUAUAAGAGGAGUGAUGGUGGGGGAGCCCCAGCUGCCGUAGAUGUCUCAAAUGGUCGUCUAGUUUGUGGAUGCGGAAACAUUGCCAAUUGCAAGCCAAAUAUGACCUUUGGUGUAUGUAACCUACCUGAGCCUAGAAUUGCCCCAGCCCCGGGAACUGUAGCACAUGAUUCCAGCUUUGCAAAUUUUGAUAAAAAACCAGUUCAAGGCGGUGCAGUGGAGUUUGACAUAAACUCUGCGAUUGUCCUCUCAAGAUUAUCUGCCUUGUUCCUCUGCUUAGGUAACCUAUUUGGACCCAAGAAUGAAAAGGGGGAUUUGAAUUUAUGGGCUACCAUCGACUAG